GUGCUGUCAAUUGGGAUAAUUCACUUGAAAGCCAUGUAAAGCCAUCGCAUUACCCCGGCUGUGCCAAUGCAUGAUCGGACAUUUCCGCACGCAUGAAGUUACGCCAACAAUGAUGGUGAUGAUGUAAUGGCCCGCCUAUGAUGGAUUUUACACGCUAAAAAUAAACUUUUCAGUGCGGAAAUAAUUCCGCUCCCGCACUCGAUUGGAUCUUUCAGCAUUUCCGCAAAGACAAAGUGCCGAUGAAAGCUGUUUUGAUAUUUGCAUUUUAGCGCUGCAUGUACCUGACCAUCGGUGACUAACUUUCAAAUCGGAAUUGCGGAUUCAUGAACGAGGAAGAAAAGGUAUAUAAAGUCUUCUAUCCGAACUGGAUGUUGAUCUCAUCACCCACAAACAAACAAAGAAACAAUCUUCAUCAUAUAAAGAAACAGUAAAAUGCUCUCACACCGAAACAAAACGGAAGAAUACGCAAUGACGAGCAGUAGCGCUCAUAGUGUCAGCAAAAUGACCCUGGAUGAUGGUACGAGCACUUUAAUUGCGAAUGAGGAUGUGAAGUUUCCCGCGAAGAAUGACGGCUUGCAAGCCGAAUUAGAAUCGGGACAUCAAGUCCCGAUUGGUUUAAUUUCCGAAUACUGUCAACACGAUCACGUUAUCCGCUUUGAUCUUCAACCUCUUUUGAUGUCGUGGUCUGGAUUAGAUAUAGUCGUGUCAAAACCUGAACCUGACGGAAGCAUGAAGAAAAAGGUUUCCCGCAAAGAUCUACAGCCGUUCUACAUUGCGGGAAAGAAGCUGAUAAGCGCCACAAUUUCAGACUCCGAUCACAAACAAAUCUAUUCUUUGCAUGCGAAGUGGACAUCACUUCACACGCAUUAUUAUGCGAAGGACAAUCAAGGUGAUAAAGUUCUCACGCUGAGGGGUGAGAAAAUUUGCCGAUUCAAUCUUACCGCCACGUUCAAGAAUGCAGCUUCCGGUCGCAACGAGGAUAAAACCCUUUUACUGAAGACUGGCAUGAGCACGAAGGUGAGCGAAUUGCGGGAAGACUCGGGACGCUUACUCGCCCUUAUCGAAAGACCCAGCAAAGCAAAGAUGUGCUUGCCAAAUGAACCAUUCCGAGUUAGCAUUGCGCCCAAAGUCGAUACCUCUUUGGUCAUGGCGAUCUGUCUUGGCAUGCAUACGCAAUUGCUCACAUUCAAGAUUGGAACGUAUUAUGCACCAUCAAGUGCGGCUGCAGCUGUCAGUGCAGCAUCAUCAUCUUGAAAAAGAUAUAGACCUUGAUCGAUUGGAUACCUUUACAUCAUGUACAUUUACCGAAUAACAAUAUAAUUUUAGCAUC